GCGGAGGAGGAAAUGGGCGAAAGGUUGUUGUGUGGUUGAUCCUAAGGGGUGGAACGUCAUUGUUGAUAUUUUGUGCGUUUGGGCAUUUAGUUUUCGUUUUAAGUCUUCAUUAACACUCAUUUGUACAGAUAAGUGAGGAUGGCACAGAGAGGAGCUGCUCAGCGACCCAGUGGUGGCGGCCAAGGCAAGAUUUGCCAAUUCAAGCUGGUGUUGUUGGGAGAAUCUGCAGUUGGAAAGUCCUCUCUUGUUUUAAGAUUUGUUAAGGGUCAAUUUCAUGAAUAUCAAGAAUCUACUAUUGGUGCGGCCUUUUUGACGCAAACAGUAUGUUUGGAUGACACUACAGUAAAAUUUGAGAUUUGGGACACAGCCGGGCAAGAAAGGUACCACAGUCUAGCUCCUAUGUAUUACCGUGGUGCUCAAGCAGCGAUUGUCGUCUAUGAUAUCACAAAUCAAGACACAUUUGGUCGAGCCAAGACCUGGGUGAAGGAACUUCAACGACAGGCAUCCCCCAACAUUGUGAUUGCUUUAGCAGGCAACAAAGCAGAUUUAGCCAAUAAAAGGAUGGUGGAAUAUGAGGAAGCUCAGACGUAUGCAGAAGAGAACUCCCUGCUUUUCAUGGAGACGUCUGCUAAGACUGCUAUGAAUGUUAAUGAUAUUUUCUUGGCAAUAGCUAAGAAACUCCCAAAGAGUGACAGUAAUGCCAGUGGUUCUCCUAGGGGUGAUGUAAGCCUGUCAAAUAACCAACCAGCACAGGGUACUGCUGGCUGUUGCAAGUGAUCACCUUUUGCACAGGUGGAACAAUGUGAUGCUAGUGUAAGUUUUGAUACCCAGCUGCUGGUAGCUCACUUUUCCCUUGUUGCUGCCAUUCAGUUUCCUGUUUGUUUGGAUAUGUUUGCCUGUUAAGACUUUGCAAGGAUGUGAUGAUUUUUGUUUUUAAAUACCAGUGACUAGGUUUUCUUUUCUUUCAGGUGGAACAAUGUGAUGCUAGUGUAAGUUAUGAUACCCAGCUGCUGGUAGCUCACUUUUCCCCAUUGGACUUGAAGAUUGCAACAUUCCUGGGUUCAAAUUUAUGCAUGGGUCUCAACUUCAAAAAAAUAUAAAGUCAGCUAAUUAUGGAAACUUAGUCACUCCUCAGUUACUUCGUCUGUGUCAGGUUUUGAGAUUCAAAACCAUAAUGGUACUCAUUAUUGACUGUGUGAUGAUUUUUUGUAUGUAAAAUCCUCAUCAUCAAAACUAUUGUUUAUUCGUGCAUCUUAGAAUCACAUGAGGCUCCUUUCAGGCUGCUCAUUUGCAGAGCACUUCACCCAGAGGACCUCAGGAUAAGAGCUCAUUUAUCUUUGAUGAAAUUUAUUGUAAUUCUAUAAACUGAUUUUCAUUUGUUAAUUGGUAUCAUUUGCACAUUGUAAUGUCAUUCCCAUUAUUUAUCAAUUGUAGCUAUUUCCCCCACCCAAACUUGCAAGUAUAAAUGUAGACAUUUUUAAGAAAACUCCAUGAACACCAUAGUGGUUAGAGUGGUGUUUCUUGCCUUCCUACUAAGUCAUAGUGAGGAACAUAAUGCCUCAACAGUUGAAAUCUGCUCACCAAAGUGGAAGGAGAGAAGAAUGUCAUGUUAAUACAGCUUAUCAGUAAUAUAUGGAACUGGUAGUUAAGUGUUGUACAGUAUAUUGACUGCAUGUCCUCUUUUUAUCAGGGUUCACAGCCCACAACUCCUACCAUCAGUCUAAUGUGGACAACAUAUUGUGUGAGGAAUCGCCACAGUCUAAGCGUUGAUUUCUAGCUAACAUGGUCAUACAUGGAACAGUGAGCAUUUGUUAUUCAUUUUACAUUUUUGUUCACAAUAUACCAUCACAUAUAAAAAGUCCAGUCACACCUUAUGCUUGACCAUGAUUGGCCAUGUGAUAAUAAUGUAUAUUAUCUAUUUAAGUUUCUUUUUAUAAAGUAGGGAAGAAUUUCUAUGUCACUCGUAUUUUUUUUCUAUUUUUUCCUCUUUUCUUUUGUUAACUGUCUAAGUAGUCAAGAUUAGAUUUGGGUAGCUAGACAUAGAGUUUGGCAACCAGUAGUGGGAUGUAGAUGCCUUGCAAGUCAAGUGUGCUGUGAUUUGAACACAGGUUAUUGGUGUAACUCAGUGGAAUAAGUUUGGAUAAGCUUGUUGUCACUGGUGCGGAAAUUACCAUAUCGCUGCAUAUCAUGGUUGGUUUUGUUUUAUUUUGUAUUUAUUUAUUUUUUUUUUUGCUACUGCCCAAAUCUAAUCCAGUUGCUACUUGUGCCCCUUUUGCAUCCUGGUACUUGAUGAUGCUAAUGGCCAAUUAAAUAUGUGCUGUAAUGAAUGAAAAUGCCCGUCUGUGGUGUGCCGAUCAAAAAAACAAAAAACAAAAAAAUUGCAGUCAUGUUUUUACCGUAAAAAUAUUUUCUAAGAGCCCUCAGUAUUUUAUUAGAUAUGUAGUUAUUAUUUUCGUCAUAUACAGUGCUAUUUAAAGUAUAUAAUUUUAGCAGCUUACUGAGAAAAAGCAUAUGCUCUUCUGGCUUGUGAUGGUCAGAUUGUAGUUCAUGUCACCGUGGUAUGACCAUUGUGAGGCAUUUAACCCAUUAAUAUAUGGCAACACCAGUAACCAUGAACCUUACCUAUUAAGUUUGAGUUUUAUUUUCCUUUAUUAAAACUCGGUUAUCCUUAUUGAUAUACUGUAAGGGUCAAAUUUGAUUGGCACGUCAUAUUUGCUUUGCUCAGUUGUACCUGGAGUUGCUCAAUCCCUGUGCUUGAUUGAUAGUGUAGCAUCCAGGUACAACUGAUCAUGUUUGUGUGUACACUCUGAACUCCAAAGUCAGACGGCAAUCUUGUACAGUUAAAAGUACCUAUUAUAAAUAAUAAAAUUAUUAAAUUAA